AUGGCACAACAUCGAAGAGGUCAUUUUGAUGAACUAACUUUUGCAUCGUUUACAACUUUGUCGAUAUUACAACUAAUCAAAGAAGCUCAGCAGAAGCAUGGCUUGCGUCAUGCUGAUUAUCAGCGAUAUCGUGGUUAUUGCUCACGUCGUAUUCGGCGUAUCCGCAAAUCAUUGGGAUUUACAAAUUUGCAUAAAAGUAUUCCCAAACACCCCGCAAAAUUUAUACAUCGCAAGCUCACUGCAGAUAUGAUUUCUGAGGAAAAAUAUCUACAAAUCGCAGUUUUCGAAGCUGAGAGAUGUUGGUCAUAUGCAAUGCAAUAUAAACAAGAAAUUGGUGAAGAUAUCCAUUCUCGUAAACGGUUCCACGUUAUAUCGAAAUUGAAAAGAGCUGUUUCACAUACUAAAAGUUUGGAAGCGAUUGUUAAAAUAUGUGAUCAGGCUGAUGUUGCCACAAAGCUCGAAUCACAAGCUUAUAAUGCAUGGAUGCAUGGUUCAUUGUUUUUUGAAUUGAAGAAAUGGAAGAGUGCUUUAGAUUAUCUAAGGAUGGCCAAGACAAUUUAUCUGAAAUUGGAAGAAGCAGUUAAGGUAGACAAUAUGACCGAAUUGUACGAUGUCAAGUGUAAAGAAAUUCAGGCCCAGCUUCGCUACUGUGAAUUCAAUUGUGCAGAUUAUAUGGAAAAUAAUGAAGCAAUGUCUGAAAUAUUAAGUAUAAAGUUGAAACUUGGGGAUGAUGAUACUUUGCAAGAUGAUUUCAACAAAUUAAUUACGGAUGUUCGCAGCAAAGCACUUAUCGACCAGCCUGGUGAAAUAUAUUGGGCAUCCAAGAAAAUAAUAAUAACAAAUGUUGUUUACGAUGAAAUAUUUUCGUUGCAGAUGGCAUUAUAUGAGCAAAUAUUGGGCAACAUUCGUGAUGUCAUCCAGUCAUUAAACGACGAGCCAAAAAAAGAUGAAACUGAUGGUGUUCAAGCUUCUAUGCAAGACAUUUUAGCUUUCUUAGAUUUUAUUCGCUUGAGCAAAACCGUCGAAAGAUAUCUUUUCAUUAUAAAAUGUGCAAGAUCGCAGGAAAGAAACGAACGUCCACAAAGUUUGAUUCGAUUAUAUGACACGGUUCUAGAAAAUUGUAAAGAAAUAAUCAAGCUGCCUGGCGUAGAUAAUAGCACAGAUUUGGUUGAUGCUUAUAGUCUUAAAGUAGAAUAUUACCGAACGUUACGGUUAGUUUUGGCUAUCUUUAUUCAUAUUGCAUAUUUAUUUAAACGCGCGCAAUGGUUUUUAUAA